UAUGGAUUUAAAUAAACAACAUGGAUUCAUUGAAACCAAUGAAGAUAGGUCUAGAGCAAUGUACUACAACAGGGGAAUGAAUAUGAAUGAAUCAAGACAUCACAGACAAUAUUUUAUACCGGAGAGAACAAUAGGCAAUAACAAGGCAUGUGCGUGUUCAAGCAUGCCAGGCAAUAUAAUGUGCAAUGAAUGUAGAACUAAUACAACCACUGAAGAUGGUGGUUGGGGUUCUCAACAUAUAUCAAGAUCAGAUAUAAGGAAUAUUGAUACAAAAGGUGCAAUUAAACAAAAUCCACUUUAUAUCAACUCAAGUGGCAAUAAUAAUGCAUACUGGCAACAAAAUUGUUCGACUGCUGUUCCACAAAUGGACAGAAAUAUCUUAGUUAAGCCUUCCACAACUGAUACAAAUUAUAGUUAUAAGCAACAAUAUCAACAAUCUGAUGGUAUACCUAAUCAUCAACGUGCAAAUUCGAUUAGUACUUACUGUAAGGAACGUUCCUACAACGAAUAUACACCUAAGAGUGAAGUCAAAAUAUCCUACAUGCCCUCAGCUACUUCUGCAGCAUCAAUAUAUAAUAUAGAUAAUCACAAUAACAAUACAGGUGGUGUACUUCGUUCUGGCAAAACUGAUCAACAAGUAAUUAAUCCUAGUAAUAUCCUUUCUACAAAGGAACAACAUCCAAGUCCUAAUUAUGCUCGAAAAUGUCCACAAAUAUUUUCACCUGCAGAACAAAAUUCUACACAUAUGAGUUUGUAUAUGCCAACCCCUCAAUUUAGUUCAGAUAAAUUCAUCAAUGCUCAUAAUCAAAAAUUACGCAUGGAAUCACCACAGCACGAAUAUAGAACAUUGAAUAAUACGACAGUACAAAAACACAUAAUGUCAGAAAAAACAAAAUUGUCAGAAAGUCCAGUACGUUUGUCAUCUCCAAUGACUGGUUAUACAAAUGCAAAUAAAAGCAAAUAUCCAAGUAAUGAAUUGUUGCAGCCAGUUCAGUCAAAUAUAAUGCAACAACAAACGCCUUAUAGAUCUAAUAAUGGUCAAUCAAGAAAUAUUGAUUAUUUUCCACAGAACAAUCCCAAGGUGCAUGCGCCGGAAAUGUCACCCAUCAUAGCAAAGCAAUCUCCUCAUGCUGCUUAUCAGUAUUCUAACUGUACCGUACCACCACCACCACCAACUUCACACAUAUUACCAUUAAGAGGAUCAACAAAUGAUUUAGAUUAUGUUAAAAAAGAAGAUGAUCUGUGUGACAGUCUUGGUGUACCAAAUCGAAAUUUAUAUAUAAAUCCUUAUAACACUCCACCUUCUUCUGAUAGUUGCUAUAAAGAAUCUUCAUCACCUUUUUUGUCUAUAUCUCAUUAUCGUGACGAAUCACCGCACAGUUACAAUAAAUAUAGUAAAUCAACUCAAGAAAUUGAUGUAGCAAAUAAGAUCAUAAAUGUUAAUCAAAAUACUCCACCGCUAAGUAGAACACCUAGUUUUCGAAAUCAGCAAUAUUAUUAUGAAACCUCCAGUAAAUAUGAUGGAAGUCCAUAUGGCACACCAUCUCCAGCAGUGGCUACCGUAGCAUCACCAUCAUCAAUAUUAUCUACACCACAAACUCAAACACCACAUCACAAUGAAUACACUUCACCAUCACAUCGAAUGCAGUCUUAUCAAUCAGCCGCUAUUGAAAAUCGACGACACUCCAAUCAAACGCAAGACAAUGUUCCUUCUCACAUCGAUGCAUAUGAUUUGCCAAUUUCGCAGAAGUCUAAAAUAAAUUGCCCUAAUAAUAUUCCAGCAAUACCAAAUCAAACUACCGGAAUAGUACAAACAGCCCAACAACCCAAGAAAUCUCAUGUUCCAAAACCCAACUAUAAAGAAUUAAUUAAUCAGGCUUACGCAAGGCGUAAUAUACCUGAGGAGGAACUUAAUCUACAAAUUAUAAAAAAAACUCUAAAUGUUGAUACCCAAGUUAUAAGAACUAAUGUCAAUAAUGUUCCAAGAGCAGCAGCACAAGUUGAUAGAGUUCAACAAAGUUCACCGCAUCUUGUAAAUGUAGUUAACAAUCAACCAAAUAUAUCGCCGGCACCAGAUACAUAUAGAAACGAAACGUAUCGUCCAGAUCUUUUACCACAUCAUAUGCAAUCACAAGCGAGAACACCGGUUGGACCUAUAAUUUCAAAUAUAAGACCACCAGUAAUAAAACAAGAAGAAAAAAUAUCUAAUUAUUCCCCCCUGGAUCUUUCUAUGCGUACAGUGAAAACAAAGGCUGAUUCCACUGAAUACAAAUACAAAUGUUAUUCGUCAAGUUCUCCAAGCGUUGACUGCAAAUAUGGUUUGCCAAGAGUAGAUUUUACACCUAAUUUUUCUAUGCAUGCUUCUGAUAGAAAUGUUAUUAUAAAACCAAAUGGACAUUCACGAAUGGAACAAAAUGAGUGCGUUACUUACACAUCAGCAGACUUAAGUCACAUUCCUGCCAUGACUGUGCCGCGAGGUGAACAAACUCCUUUGCCUAAAAAGCAAUAUAAUGAAAGUAAUUCACUAAUAUUUAACAACUCAACCCAAUAUAAAGCAAAUCCACGAAGUGCUGUAAUACCAAAUGAGCCGGCAUUGACUUCAAAAGCUAACUUACAGCGGAAAACCGGUUCUCUUGUAAUAAAAUCAACAACAAAUGCCGUUGUUAGUUGUGAUGUAAAUAUAUGCCAAGUACGCCCAAGUGUACUGGAAACAAAUCCUUUUGCAACUGUUAAAAGUAUAAAAAGUGAACCGAAAAUUUCGGAAAGAAAUAUGUUUGCAGUUGAUAAAUUACCACCAGAUACUAGUAUUAUGCCUUUACCAAAGACUGUAGUAACUGGUCCACCUUCGAAUCCAGGCAUACCUCCAAUAGAUAAAAAAGUUGAACCUGCAACACAAUCGAAUUAUCAUAAAGCAUGUGAACUAAAUCGCAAUUAUUUGGGAAGGAAGCGUCAUUUACAUGAAUACUCUAAUUCCAAUCUGAACUAUGUUGAACCAGUUUCUAAACAACCGCGAUAUCAAGAACCGUAUUCAAAAUUCGAAAAUAUGCGUUCUGCAGAUAUAUCUGUUAUUGCGGUUAAUGAGAAGUCUUUAGAAAACGAAAAAAGUAAAACAGCUGAAAAGUCUAUCCAGGCUGAAGUUACAAAUUACCCACUACCACCUAACCAUAUAGAUAUACCAAUUGUUAAUGAAAACAUAGUUUUUAAAGAGGAGCCUGUAACGCCAACUUCAGAUGUUGUUCCCAUACCAAUUACGCCACCAGUUCCAGUAAAAACAGAAACUAACUUUGCUGCAAGAAUUAGAACGAAAGCUGAACUUAAAGGAUUUACUUUCAAUCCACCAAUUGAAAAUACAGACUCCACACCGCCGAUAAUAUCAGUACUUCCUACUGUAAUAAAGGAAGAACCUUCUGUUCCCGUUUCAAACAUAGAGUUGCCGUCCAUAUCUGGUUUAACGGAGGAUUUUAGUGCCGGAAGUCUUUUAGAUUUUAGUUGGGAUAAUACAUGUAACAAUUUUGUCAAACAGUUACUUACGAACAAGAAAAAACCAAUAAAGAAAAAAUUAAUUAACGUGGUUAAAGAAGAAAUUAGUGAAGAUGACUUGCCUGUUUCUACUAUAGUAAAUAAAAAGUUAUCUAUUCCAACAGCAGAUGUGCAACGUGAAAAAGAUGACUCAAUGGAUUGUUUGUUAGCAGAGAAUAAUAUUUCUAACAUGGAAUCUGCCACAACUACUAAUUCUCAGAUUAAAAUGGACACAAAUGAAAGCAAUAAAACGUCAAAGUCAACAUUUCAUGAGACUGUUUCAUCGCAAUCUGCAAAUGCGAAAAAGAUAGGAAAGUUAGAACGAGGAAAAAUGAGACAACAGCAAGAGAAGAGAUUCGCUGCUCGUUUGCCAGAUGAAACCAGCUCCGAAUCCGAUAAUGAGUUGGAUAAAAGAAAAACAGACCGUUUAAAGAAACCACUGAAGAAAAGUAAAAUUAGAAAUUUGAACACUGUAACUGAAAAGAAUCGUUUUUCAGAUUGUGGUUCUGAUUCUACGACGGAAUCAGAUGAUAAAAUUCCGUUGUCCAAAAGUAUUAAAAAAUCAGAAAUAACUGAGAAAACAGAAAAUACAAAUUGCGAUGCUAAAAUAGAUGAGUCAAAGAAAACUAUUACGAAAAGUUCACAUGAGAAGAAAGAAUUGAAAAAAUGUAAUAAAGAAGCUUUGGUGGAAUGCAAUUCAAGUUCUAACAAAACAAAUCAAAUUAAAAAGUCAGUCAAUCUGACUAAAACAGCUGAUAAAACUAAGAUAUCAACCAAAGUGGAAAACAAAUUAAAUUUUAGCAAAAAUGUGGAAGAGGAUACCACUACCGGUAAAAACAGAGUUGAAAAAACUAAUAAGAAAAAGACAUUACAAACUAAAGUUGGUUUAAAUACAAUGACUCGAUCGAAACGAAAGAGAGAGUUGGAAAUGCAAUUAGCAAAUAGCAAAGUUUUACGAAACGAUAAAAUAAUUCGAAACUCAACUACAAAAAUCAAAAGAAAAUAUGUGAAAAAGUAUUCUAGUAAUCAAAAAGAUGCUAUAAAUAGGGAAUCCAGCGAGAUAUUGAGCACUCGACUAAGAUCUAGAGGUGAUAAAACCGGUAAUAAAUUGAAAAAUAAUAUUUUGACAAAUAAUACUGAAAAGGGAAAAAAUAGAAGUGAAACAAAGAAAAUGUUAAUAGCUAAAAAAAGGGAAAAUGAGGAGGACGAAAUUCUUGCUGCAUACCGAUAUAAACGAUCACUUAAAGUUCCACCAAGUCUAAUAACUAUUAAACAUCCUCAAAAUCAUAAGAUUGCUGCUUCACUGCCAGAUUUAGAAACACAUUAUGAUGAUUUCAAAUCGAUGUCCAAUAUGAAGUCCAAUGAUGAUGAAUCGAAUCUGAAAAGAGAAACCCAUUCGGAAGAACCGCGAUCAAUUAUUGAUCUGCUGCACUCACGUGUUAUUAACAAGGCUGCUGUUGCAUCAAGAAUUAAAGCAAAGACUGCUAAACAAACAAGUAAUAAUGGCAGUGUAAAAAACAAAAAUGAAAAUUCACAAAAUACCGAAACCACUCCAUUAGGCGAACUAUUACCUGCUAUUAAAAAAGAAGAUGAUGAAUCUAAUGAUGGGAAAAAACGUCAUUUUAGUAUUUUUGAGACGAAAGUGUUGCAGACGAAAACCCGUACGGAGUCUAAACUUCAACAAAGGAAAGAAAUAAUUCGGGAAAUAUUUGUAGGAGAUGAUCGACCCGCUUCUGCGCCGCCAGAAAUGAUACAAUCCAGUGAUGGCAAUGGAAAAAUGACUUAUGAACAAACAUAUGAACAAUUUUUACAACAAAUGAAUAUUAUUAUAAAUAACGAAAAACUUCAGAAGUUUGGAAGAGCAAACGACACAAUAACAACGGCCAACACGACUGCAUUUCAAGUUCCACAUAUUAAACAAGAAGAUGAUACUGAAAGUGCUAGUGCUUUAGAUGCUGACGAAAAAUAUGAUUGCGAUAAUCAGCAAGAUGCUAUGUCAACGCAUUCAGGCAUUCAAAACAGCUUCAAACGUAGGAGACCCACAAAGUACUUACGUAGGAAAGGUAGUUCUGGUUUUGAUUAUAUACGUAAAAAGAAAAAACCUACUCCAAUUGGCACAACUACAAAUCUACAAGUGCAAACAGUUAUAAAAAGCGAGGAGAAUGAGAGUGAAGUAAAAGUUAAAAUAAAAACAGAAGAUGACGUGUAUCGUGAAAUGCAGAAAUGGGUUCUAAAUAAGGGCGUUGGACAGAGUACAAUGCAUAAGGCAGCGCGUCAAGGUUAUAUUGAUGUGAUUGUUUAUUGUUUAGAUCGUAUGGGAAUGAAUCCUGAUCAAAAAGAUAAUGCAGGUUAUACACCUUUGCAUGAGGCAUGUACAAAUGGCUGGUUAGAAAUAGCCAGAAUAUUAUUACAAUAUGGAGCUAAUCACUCAGCGGCAGCACAUUCAGGCAUAAGACCGUUGCAUGAAGCAAGUGAGAACGAGCAUGAUGAAAUUGUGCGCUUAUUGUUGUCGUAUGGAGCAGAUCCAUUAUUAGCUACUUAUUCAGGUCAAACACCUUUAAUGUUAGCUUCAAGCACUACAGUUAGGGAUCUUUUAAAUAGUCAUUUAAGUGAUGUACAAAAUAUUGGACCUGAUAAAAAACCAUGGAAAUUUAAUGGACCAUGGGAAAUUUUUGAUUCAACGCAGUAUGGUUAUGAUGUUUUUGCAGGGGCGCCGAACUUUACAUGUGAUAUGAGCAGAGCUCUUAGAAAAAGUUCCGCAUCAAGUGUGAUAGCGAACAAAAAACAAAUAAAUCAGUAUGGGGAGACAAGUUCAAAGACUGUUAUGGACGAAUGUGCAGUAGUGCUUGACAAUAUCGAUCGUUUCAAUACUGUUGGGUUGCAAAAUAAUACCAAGACUAAACCUGAAUUUUUAGUAGAAAAUUCAAAUAGUGAAGCUGAAAUAUUUGAAUUUGAGGAAGCUGAUGUUUUACUACCGCCUCUAUAUUUAUUGAAAGACGAAGGAACUGAUAAAUGGGUACUCCUAAGUGAUUUGUGCAAUUUACUAAAAGUAAAAUCGAAGGAUACGCUUCUAAAACAAAUUUAUCCAUCUUCGUCCUUACCUUCCGCACACAAAAAUCUUAUGAGAGAAUUAAAGAUGUCCGAUUUCCUGGAAAAAGCGACAUGCCUACAACUUUUGUGCGCUGGUGAAAAAAUAAAUAUAUGCGCAUCAAAGGUUGUUCUUAUUAAAUACAACGAGAGUGUUAGAAAUUUAUUAGGUGUAAAAACAAUAUUAACAAAAUUUUAAUAUGAUUUUCAAAAAUUAUAUUAUAAAAUCAUAGAUAUAUAUACAUACAUAUAUUAAAUAAAUUUAAAUUUAAGAAAGUGAACGUGAUACUAAGGUGCUAUAAGAGAAGAAGGAAGUGUAGGUAAGACGUACAUAUUUAUGUUUAUUGAUAUAAAAUGAAAGAAAGUAAUUAUAAAUAUUGAAAUAAUAUGAUUGUAUAGUAAA